CACCACACCAACACCAACACCAACACCAGCAGCAGCCAGCAAGGGGUACAGAGCACAGCACUUUCUCCUCUCCUUCCUCUUCUUCUUCCUCCAACUCCUCCCCUCUCCUCUCCCCUUCACACGCACACACCAGCCAAGACAAAGACCAGAGGACACGGAGAAGAACAAGUCUUUGUAAGCCUGCGGAGCUUACAAAGCAGCCAGCCCUUUCCUUUUUCUUGGCCGGGCUUUGGAGGAGAAGAAGAAGAUCAGGUCCUCUUUCUUGGCCGGGCCGGGCUGCCCCCAAAUCAAUACUACUUCCCAGAUAUACAUAUAUAUCGCCACAUCUCGCCGGCGAUUCCCAUUGGAUCUUCUGCUGCACAAACCUCGCGCGCCAUCUGUCCUCCUCCCCCCUUGUUCCAAUCGCCCGCCAUUGCCGCCCCCCAAUCCUGCAAAUACCACUCUAGCCGUAGCGCCACCAGCAGCAGCUUUUCUCUACCUAAGCUCUGCCACCAGCCAGUACUACUCCUCCAGGACACACAAGGACAGGAAAGAUUGCGUCUUUCCUCUCCCCGGCGCGCUCCCCGCAGCCCCUAAUGGCCUCCUCGGGCGGGGGCGGCGGCGGCGGCGAGACGGAGGACCGGCGCCGGGGCCGCCGGCGCCGCCGCAAGGUGCUUCUCAGCAAGCUCUACACCUUCGCGGCCUGCGCGCGCCGGCCCAGCGCCGUGGACGACGAGGGGUCCCGGAUCGGCGGGCCGGGCUUCUCGCGGGUGGUCCACGCCAACGACGCCGCCGCCGCCGCGGACGCCGCGGCGGCCGGCGGGUACCGGUCCAACUACGUCUCCACCACCAAGUACAGCGCGGUGACCUUCAUCCCCAAGUCGCUGUUCGAGCAGUUCCGGCGGGUGGCCAACAUCUACUUCCUCGUCGUCGCCUGCCUCUCCUACACCCCCAUCGCGCCCUUCCGGGGCGCCACCGCCGUCGGGCCGCUCGUCCUCGUCCUCCUCGUCACCAUGGUCAAGGAGGCCAUCGAGGACUGGCGCCGCAAGCAGCAGGACAUUGAGGUGAACAACAGGAAGACAAAGGUGUUCCAGGACGGCGCGUUCCGGCACACCAAGUGGACCAAGCUCCGGGUCGGCGACGUCGUCAAGGUCGAGAAGGACGAGUUCUUCCCCGCCGACCUCGUCCUCCUCUCCUCCAGCUACGACGACGCCAUCUGCUACGUCGAGACCAUGAACCUCGACGGCGAGACCAACCUCAAGCUCAAGCAGUCCCUCGACGUCACCUCGCGCCUGCAGGACGACGACAGCUUCCGUGGCUUUGGUGCGGUGAUACGGUGCGAGGACCCGAAUGCAAACCUCUACUCUUUUGUCGGCAACAUAGAGAUUGAAGAGCAGCAGCAGCAGUACCCUCUGUCGCCCCAGCAGCUCCUGCUCAGGGACUCCAAGCUCCGCAACACCGAGUAUGUGUACGGCGUGGUGGUUUUCACUGGCCACGACACAAAGGUGAUGCAGAAUGCCACCAGUGCUCCCUCCAAGAGGAGCAAGAUUGAGAAGAAGAUGGAUGGCGCCAUUUACGUCCUUAUGUCCAUCCUCGUCCUCAUUUCGGUCAUCGGCUCCGUCGUCUUUGGCCUUGCGACCAAGCAUGAUUUGGUGGAUGGCAGGAUGAAAAGGUGGUACCUCAGGCCAGAUAACCCCGACAACAUCUACGAUCCCAACAACCCGGCCGUGUCGGCGGCGCUGCAUUUCUUCACGGCCAUGAUCCUUUACGGCUACUUCAUCCCCAUCUCCCUCUACGUCUCCAUCGAGCUCGUCAAGCUGCUGCAGGCUCUCUUCAUCAACAGCGACAUCCAUAUGUACCAUGAGGAGAGCGACACGCCGGCGCAUGCCAGGACGUCCAACUUGAACGAGGAGCUCGGCCAGGUCUACACGAUCCUCACCGAUAAGACCGGGACUCUGACCUGCAACUCCAUGGAGUUCAUCAAAUGUUCCAUCGCGGGCACGGCGUACGGGCGUGGAAUCACCGAGGUCGAGAAAGCCAUGGCAAAGAGAAACGGUUCCCCCGUGAUAUCUGAUUUUGAGCUCGGCGUCGAAGACUUCCAUCAGUCCGAGGGAAGAUCUGCGAUCAAAGGAUUUAACUUCAGAGAUGAGCGUGUCAUGGAUGGUAACUGGGUUCACCAACAACACUCGGGUGUGAUCGAGAUGUUCUUCCGGUUGCUGGCCAUCUGCCACACAUGCAUACCGGAGGUCGACGAAGUGACAGGGAAGAUCUCGUACGAAGCAGAGUCUCCCGAUGAGGCUGCCUUUGUUGUCGCGGCACAUGAACUUGGUUUCACUUUUUACCAAAGGACGCAGGCAGGUGUUUAUCUGCAUGAGUUGGAUCCCUCCUCUGGAGAACAAGUUGACAGGUUUUAUAAGGUCUUGCAUGUCCUUGAGUUCAGCAGUGCUCGGCGGCGGAUGUCGGUAAUAGUCAAGGACGAGGAGGGGAAAACAUUUAUCUUCAGUAAAGGUGCCGACAGUAUAAUGUACGAGAGGCUGUCAAACUCUGAGAGUACAUAUAGUGAAGCGACGCAGAAGCACAUAAAUGAUUACGCCGAUGCUGGCCUGAGAACACUGGUUCUUGCAUACCGUCAACUUGAGGAGAUCGAAUACGCUAAAUUCGAAAGGAAGUUCACUGCAGCUAAGAAUUCUGUCAGCGCUGAUCGAGAUGAGCUCAUCGACGAGGCUGCAGAUUUGAUAGAGAGGGAUUUGAUUCUUCUUGGCGCCACCGCCGUUGAGGACAAGCUGCAAAAGGGGGUACCUGACUGCAUCGACAAACUUGCUAAGGCUGGCAUCAAGAUAUGGGUGCUGACGGGUGACAAGAUGGAGACCGCCAUCAACAUCGGAUAUGCAUGCAGUCUACUCAGACAAGGGAUGAAACAAAUAACCAUCACACUGGAUACACCAGAUAUCAUUGCCUUGGAGAAAGGUGGUGACAAAGGAGCCAUUAAUAAGGCGUCAAAGGUCAGCGUGGUGCAGCAAAUCAAUGAAGGAAAGAAACUCAUAAAUGCAUCUGGCAAUGAAUCAUUUGCUUUGAUCAUUGACGGGAAGUCACUUACAUAUGCGCUCAAAGACGACACCAAGGCCGCGUUCCUUGAUCUCGCGAUCGCCUGUGGGUCAGUCAUUUGCUGCCGUUCUUCCCCAAAGCAGAAGGCUCUUGUCACGAGGCUGGUCAAAACCGGCACCGGUAAAGUUACGCUGGCAAUUGGCGAUGGUGCGAAUGAUGUAGGCAUGAUUCAGGAGGCAGAUAUCGGGGUUGGGAUCAGCGGUGCCGAAGGGAUGCAGGCCGUCAUGGCGAGCGACGUUUCCAUUGCGCAGUUCCGCUUCCUUGAGCGCCUACUACUUGUCCAUGGGCAUUGGUGUUAUAGCAGGAUCUCAUCAAUGGUAUGCUACUUCUUAUAUAAGAACAUCACGUUCGGCGUGACCCUGUUCCUGUACGAGUCCUUGUCGACAUUUUCUGGCCAAACUUUGUACAACGACUGGUCCAUGUCGCUCUACAACGUCCUUUUCACGUCGCUGCCUGUGAUCGCCAUGGGCGUGUUCGACCAAGAUGUUUCCGCCCGGUUCUGUCUCAAGUACCCGAUGCUCUACCAGGAGGGUCCUCAGAACCUGCUCUUCCGGUGGUCAAGGCUCCUAGGCUGGAUGCUGCACGGCGUCGGCAGCGCCGUGAUCAUCUUCUUCCUCACAAUCGCGUCGCUCAAGCACCAGGCGUUCCGCAAAGACGGCGAGGUCAUAGACCUCUCGAUCCUCGGCGCGACCGCCUACACGUGCGUUGUCUGGGCCGUCAACAUGCAGAUGGCAAUCACGGUGAACUACUUCACCCUCAUCCAGCACAUCUGCAUCUGGAGCGGCAUCUUCCUAUGGUACCUGUUCCUCAUAAUCUACGGCGCCAUCACGCCGUCCUUCUCGACCACAUUCUUCAUGGUGUUCUCGGAGGCGCUGGGGGGCGCGCCGGCCUACUGGGUGGUGACCCUGCUGGUGGCCGUGGCGGCGCUCAUCCCCUACUUCACCCUGGCGGUGGUGAAGACGUGGUUCUUCCCGGACUACCACAACAAGAUCCAGUGGCUGCAGCACGCGGCCAAGCAUGCGGACCCCGAGGAGGAGCUGGGCGUCGUCCUGCGCCAGUUCUCCGUCAGGUCCACCGGGGUGGGCGUGUCGGCGCGCCGCGACGCCAAGCUCGUCCGCACCAACAGCAAGGUCAUCCACGCGGACUCAUCGUCGCAAUCACAAGCCACCGUUGAGCUGACUUAGCGCGCGCGCACACACACAUACACUAGAUAUCAGCAGCAUGCAGCUCCCCUGUAAAUAUGAUGAUCAGGAGCAUGCAGCUUGGCAGAGACUAAGCUUCUGCCUGUUGUUUGCCUGCUGCUUCUCAAAGUGUUGCUAACCUGGUCAGGUGUUAGAGAUGGGCGGGUUUCGUCGUCGAAUUAGGGUUUAACUGUACAUGAUGAGAUUUUGUUUGUAGAACUAGUAGCUGCAAAAGGGAGGGAGGGAGGGAGGGAGGGAGUGAUGAGGACAGUUGAUGUACAUUGCAAGUGUAGGAGAUGGAUGGAUACUUAGCUUGUUCCCCUCAUUAUUAUUUGGGGAUAAUUUUUCCCUGUUGUUUCUUUUGUUCCUUUGUUCCUAAGUUAAGAAUAUAUAUAUAUAUAUAUAUAUAUAUAUAUAUAUAUAUAUCCUUUGGGGAAUAAUAAUAUGAAUAAAGCCUGUAUUCUUUUUUUGCUGUCAUUGAAAGAAUGGAUGCGCUCUUUGGUGCUGA